AUGGCGAGGGUCGGGUCUGGAGGGACCGAGCUGUCCACCCGCAGUGGCCGCAGCCGGGGCCAGCGGCGGGCGCCGACCUGGGAGAUCUCAGAUUCGGACGGCGAAGGCUCUGCGUGCGCGGCGACCGCUGUGAAGGCCCGGGAUCCCGCGGAGGAACGCAGGGCGGCAGCCGAGGCGCUGCGGCCAGAGCGCGCUCUCAGGCGCCUGGCAGUGCGGGUGGACCCAGCCAUUCUGGAAGACCCGGGUGCGGAGGCUCUCGGGUCCCUGGGCUGCGAAGGCCUCAGCUGGAGCCGAGUGACACCAGACCCCUGUCCCUGUGGCGUGCCCCCUCAGGUGUGGGAUUUCCACGAGCAGGAGUCCCUGGUGCUGUUGGAACCAGAGGAGUUUCUUCAGGGCGUCAUACAGCUGACUCAGGUGCCAGGCCCAGCCUGCUCAGUGCCUUGGCCUUGUCCUAGCAGUCCCGCCCGCCCUCACCUGGCAGUCAUGGGGCUGGAAUCCCACCUGUGCACAGUGUCCAGGGAGGGCGGCCACCCUCCAGAGUGUUCAGUAGUGCCCCAGGUCAAAGUGACCAUUGACUCGGCCCAGGUGGAGGAGGCCCUGGUUUGGCUGCAGCUCUGGGCCAGCCUUAAUGUGCUGCUGGUAGCUUCAUGGCAGGAGCUGAGUGAACAUGUGUGUGCCUUCGCCAGGGCCCUUGCUCAGUGUCCCUACAAGUGGCUCUGGGAAUCCCAGGCCUUUUCCUUCUGCAAGGCAGAACGCUGGGCUGCUGAUGAGCGGACAAAACAUGGCCUGGGGUUGCGGGGGACCUGGUGGCAGCAGAUCUGGCAGUUCAACAGGGUCAACCCAGCAGUGGCCAAUGCCGUGGUCACUGCAUUCCCCUCCCCCCGCCUCCUGCAACAGGCAUACUUGGCCUGUGACUCGGAGCGAGAGCGACUGAUUCUCCUGGCUGACCUCCUUGUGGAAGAGGGUCAAGGUGGGCAGCCUAGAAGGGUGGGACCCGACCUCUCCCGCCGUCUCUUCCUUUUCCUGACUACCUGCAACCCUGAUCUCCUGCUGGACCUGGAUUCCUGA